UCGAAAAUUACUUUCCCUUCAGUAUGAAUUUGCCGCUAGAGGCGCUCUAGAAGCACGAGGUUUUCGUGCAUGGUUGAAACGUGGUCAGAUUUCGUCAUUCAGCUUUGGGAACUCGCACGGUAUACAUGCUAUUUUUCGGCUGGGGUUUACACAAUGGACGACAUGGAGCGAGCCACGUGUUCGGAAGACAUAAAUUACAAUUUAAAGGAAAUUCUGUUUGAAUUACAGAAACAGCAAGUUGAUAUAACUUCUUUGAAACAGCAAGUUAGUUUACCAGUGUCGUCUAAACAAGACCAUAAUGACAUUAAAUGGAAAUAUGAAGGAAACAAACAGCAAUAUGAUUUCAAUUGUGAUGUCCAUGAAGGAAUCCAGCAAUGCAUGUGGGCAAUUGAAAACCAGAAAAGCGACUACGCAAAGGAAGUUUUAUCGGAGGUUGCCAAGAAAAUUCACACGAGAAAUAAACACAUAAGGAUAGCGGAAACGUCAGAAGCGGGUGGGAAACUGUCAAACAGUAUGAACAGAACCCCCUCGCGAGUGACUCUGAUGACGAGUCGAGCAUCAAUAGGGCGGAUUCUAAAGCUCUAAAGAAAAAGAAGGUUAAGCAGGCGAAGUUAAAGAAAAAGCCAGCCGUCCUGUAUGGACACUCGGACGCACUCCGGCAGUUGCUUGAGGGACAGGCAGGAACACGUCCGGCGCCGUACCCGUUACCACAGAGGCCCACACCACCGUCGAUUGGUUCUUUUCGUGGCUACUCUGGAUGGGGUCCCCAGCUCGGGCCAUGCUUCGCGUGUGGACAGGUCGGUAAUAUCCGGCGGACUUGCCCCACCACCAGAGGGCAGCAAGCGAGCGCUCAGGCCAGGAAGUACUGAUGCCACUGAGAGACAUGCAGAUGACAUAAACGCGCUGCCUGACGUCUUGGUGGGGGGAGUGUCCUUGCUGCCGGAGUUACUCAAAGAAUCAAGAGCUAUGAACACAUCAGAGGCAUACAGAAGGGGGUUUAAAAGGUGGUGUGAUUGGGCUUUGAGUAAUAACUUAACCAGUGAGGAUACUUUUCCCGCCAAGGCGUUUCAUGUGGCUUUAUAUAUGACAUCUUUAAUUCAAACUGCUCAGUCACCAUGUCCUAUUGUGAAUGCUUUUUAUAGUAUAAAGUGGUAUCAUGACUUGUUGGACUUACAAUCACCAACCGAUUCUAAUUUAGUUAAAAAUGUGUUAGAGUCUGCUAUGAGGAGACUAAGCAAACAUUCGACUAGAAAAGAACCAAUUUCUGUAUCUGUACUUGAACAAGUUUUUCACUGUUUGUAUAAAGAAAAUAAUGUGUUUAAUCAAAGGACAAUUUGUGCACUGUUACUUUCCUAUGCUGCAUUUUUAAGAAGUAGUGAGUUGUUGAAUUUAAAGAGAUGUGAUAUUAUUAUUUACCCAAUGUAUAUGAGUAUUUUUAUUCAGUCAUCCAAGACCGACAAGUAUCGGGAUGGAGCCUGGGGGCCUUUAGUUAGAACUGGUACUGUUUUAUGCCCAGUGUGGGCUAAGAUACCAAGUGAUUCAGAAUGUUUUGUCUUCUCUCAACUGUCAAAAACAAAAGAAUGUUUUAAACUAAGGCAAUGUGAUAAACAUUUAUCAUACAGCAAUUUAAGAAAACUUUUAAUUGAUGCUAUCAAACCUUUUGUAAGUGAUAUAAAAUGUUAUGGUUUACAUUCAUUGAGAUCGGGUGGAGCCACAGCGGCAGCUAACAUGGGUAUUCCUGACCGUUUGUUUAAGCGUCACGUACGAUGGUCCAGUUAGUCCGCUAAGGAUGGUUAUGUUAAGGAUUCGAUAGAUGACAGGCUAAGGGUGUCUAAGUGUUUAGGUUUGUAAUUGUUAUAAUUAUGUAAUUUAUUAAGAACAAUUGUUAUAAUAUUUAUUUGUUGACAAUUAUGUUACGUUUAGUAGCCCGUUCUUUUAAUUCAGCCGGUAUGCGAGUCCCUGCGGCUAGUACCAAAAAACAGAGUUUUUGUUUGUUUGCUAUAUAGGCAAAGGAGGGAUGUAAGGGAAAUAUAAUUUUCGAUGUUUGAAAUUUAUUGAAUGAGUCGAAAAUAACUUUCCCUUCAGUAUGAAUUUGCCGCUAGAGGCGCUCUAGAAGCACGAGGUUUUUGUGCAUGGUUAAAACGUGGUCAGUUUUCGUCAUUCAGCUUUGGGAACUCGCACGGUAUACAUGUUAUUUUUUAAAAUAAUGUGUUAAUAUUUCAUAUUAUGGAAAUUAUAUAUGAAAUUGAAUAAUUGAUAUAUGUAUUGAACUAAAUUUACAUAGAAUGUCACUGUAUGAAGGCUGUUAGAAAGAUUGUAUUAUGUGAUGUAUGUUUGACGUUUUGAUGAUGGUUAUUAUCUUAAGUAUAAUAAUAAACGGACAGCCGGUAUGCGAGUCCCUGCGGCUAGUACCAGCCGGUAUGCGAGUCCCUGCGGCUAGUACCAAAAAACAGA